AAUCCCGGAGCGCCGGGCGCACGAGGACGCUGUUCUCCGUGGCUUCCGGGCGCACGCACUUCUGCCACCGCCGAGAGGGCGGAAUUCCCGGUGUCGCUGCAGUGUCUGUCGGUGUGCCGGGUUCAGCCGCCACCAUGGGGAUCCUGGAGAAGAUCUCCGAGAUCGAGAAGGAGAUCGCUCGGACGCAGAAGAACAAGGCCACCGAGUAUCAUCUGGGCCUCCUGAAGGCAAAACUCGCCAAGUAUCGGGCCCAGCUUCUGGAACCGUCCAAAUCGGCCUCAUCCAAAGGAGAGGGUUUCGACGUCAUGAAGUCGGGUGAUGCCCGUGUGGCGCUGAUUGGAUUUCCCUCUGUGGGUAAGUCCACCUUCUUGAGUCUAAUGACCUCCACGGCCAGCGAAGCUGCGUCCUAUGAGUUCACAACCCUGACGUGUAUCCCCGGGGUCAUCGAAUAUAAAGGAGCCAAUAUCCAGCUCCUGGACCUUCCUGGGAUCAUCGAGGGUGCAGCCCAAGGGAAAGGCCGGGGCCGGCAGGUGAUUGCUGUGGCGCGCACGGCUGACGUCGUCAUCAUGAUGCUGGACGCCACCAAGGGAGAAGUGCAGAGGUCUCUGCUGGAGAAGGAACUGGAAUCAGUGGGCAUCCGCCUCAACAAGCACAAGCCCAACAUCUACUUCAAGCCCAAGAAAGGGGGUGGCAUCUCCUUCAACUCAACAGUCACGCUGACCCAGUGCUCAGAAAAGCUGGUGCAGCUGAUCCUGCAUGAGUACAAGAUCUUCAACGCGGAGGUGCUCUUCCGAGAAGACUGCUCCCCGGACGAGUUCAUCGAUGUGAUUGUGGGCAACCGGGUGUACAUGCCCUGCUUGUAUGUUUAUAACAAAAUCGACCAGAUUUCAAUGGAAGAAGUGGAUCGCCUGGCCCGGAAGCCCAACAGUGUGGUCAUCAGCUGCGGUAUGAAGCUGAACCUGGACUACUUGCUCGAGAUGCUUUGGGAGUACCUGGCCCUGACCUGCAUCUACACCAAGAAGAGAGGACAGAGGCCAGACUUCACAGACGCCAUCAUCCUCCGGAAAGGGGCCUCCGUGGAGCACGUGUGCCACCGCAUCCAUCGGUCACUCGCCAGCCAGUUCAAGUACGCGCUGGUGUGGGGCACCAGCACCAAGUACAGCCCGCAGCGGGUGGGCCUGACCCACACCAUGGAGCACGAGGACGUCAUCCAGAUUGUCAAGAAGUAGUGCCUCCUCCUGGGCCCCCUGCCUGCCCAGCCUCUCUCCCCGGGGAGUCGGAGCCAGCCAGAUGCACCAAAGCCCAAACAGGAAAUACAUACAAAUACAUACACCCCAGGAAGGGGUCUCUCAAGUCUCUGCUGUUUCUGGAAGUUUCUUCAGUAGGCAGAUGAUGAAGAGUGUAUUGGGGCAGAGGGACACGGUUGGGGAACUUGGGCUGGUCUGGUGGCAUUUCCCAUGAGACAGGCCCCUUGGGUGGGGGUUCUGUGUUUGGAACCCUGGGCCUGCGCCCUACCCUUGGCCCCCUCAGGCCCCGAGGGACUAAGUUGCCCACCUCCCCUGCAGCCAGAGCCU